GUGCAGGGCAGUAACCAGGUCCAGCGAGCCCCACGAGCAUUGUUCUGCUUAAAACUCAACAAUCCAAUCAGACGAGCUGCCCUUCAUAUCGUCGAGUGGAAACCGUUUGAUAUCUUCAUCCUUUUAGCCAUCUUUGCUAACUGUGUCGCUCUGGGAGUUUCCAAACCAUUUCCUGAAGAUGACUCCAACUCCACUAACCACGACCUGGUUGUUCAGCGUGGUCCUGGAGACGAUGACUCAUAAGACGGACGGCGAGCAYGCGACCACCCAUCACAUGCCAGGGAAACCAGGAGGUCUUGAUGUCAAAGCUCUCAGAGCCUUCAGAGUGUUGCGACCCCUCAGAUUGGUUUCUGGAGUCCCCAGUCUGCAGAUCGUACUGAACUCCAUCAUGAAGGCCAUGGUUCCUCUGCUCCACAUUGCCCUGCUGGUCCUCUUCGUCAUCAUCAUCUACGCCAUCAUCGGCCUGGAGCUCUUCAUCGGACGCAUGCACCGCACCUGCUACUACAUCGGAACAGAUAAUUACGUCGAGGAUGAACCGGUACCAUGUGCGUUUGCCGGUCACGGCCGUCAGUGCAUUGUGAACGGUUCUGAGUGUCGGGGGAAGUGGGCCGGUCCCAAUGGUGGAAUCACCAACUUUGACAACUUCUUCUUCGCCAUGUUGACGGUGUUCCAGUGCAUCACCAUGGAGGGCUGGACCGAUGUGCUGUACUGGAUGAACGAUGCCAUCGGCUUUGAGCUGCCGUGGGUUUAUUUUGUCAGUCUGGUGAUUUUUGGCUCUUUCUUUGUCCUGAACCUGGUCUUGGGAGUCCUGAGCGGAGAGUUCAGUAAGGAGAGGGAGAAGGCCAAGGCUCGAGGAGACUUCCAGAAGCUGCGGGAGAAGCAGCAGAUGGAGGAGGAUCUGUGUGGAUACAUGGACUGGAUUACUCAGGCCGAGGACAUGGACGACCUGGACGAGGACGGAAACCCACGUCCAUCUCUGGGCGAUCUGUCUGAUAAGAAGAAGAAGUUUGGAUGGUUCAGUCACUCCAACGAAACCCACGCGAGUCUUCCAGCCAGUGAGACAGGUUCUGAAAACACAGAGAACAUCGAUGAAGACCACUCCAACUGCUGCCAGGCCUGCUGCGCUCAGGUGAUGAAGGUGGGCUGCUGCCGGACGCUGCGGCGCUGGAACCGAGUGUGUCGCAGAAACUGCCGCACUGCGGUCAAAUCGGUGCUGUUCUACUGGCUGGUUCUGCUGCUGGUCUUCCUCAACACCUCCCUCAGUGCCUCUGAGCACUACAACCAACCUGAGUGGCUGACUCAAGUCCAGGACAUCGCCAACAAGGUGCUGCUGUCCCUGUUCACGGUGGAGAUGCUGCUGAAGAUGUACAGUCUGGGUCUGGCUCAUUACUUCGUGGCGUUCUUUAACCGCUUCGACUGCUUCGUGGUGUGCGCCGGCAUCAUGGAGACCAUCCUGGUGGAGAUGGACAUCAUGCCUCCUCUGGGCAUCGCCGUCCUGCGCUGCGUUCGCCUGCUGCGUAUCUUCAAGGUCACACGCCAUUGGACGGCCCUGUCCAACCUGGUGGCAUCCCUGCUGAACUCCAUGAAGUCCAUCGCCUCGCUCCUGCUCCUCCUCUUCCURUUCCUCAUCAUCUUCGCUCUGCUGGGCAUGCAGCUGUUUGGAGGGAAGUUCAACUUCGACGAGACGCAGACGAAACGAAGCACCUUCGACGCCUUCCCGCAGGCGCUGCUCACCUGCUUCCAGAUCCUGACAGGUGAGGACUGGAACGUGGUCAUGUAUGACGGCAUCAUGGCGUACGGCGGUCCCGUGUUUCCUGGGAUGAUUGUCUGCGUUUACUUUGUCAUCCUCUUCAUCUGUGGCAACUACAUCCUGCUGAACGUCUUCUUGGCCAUCGCUGUGGACAAUUUGGCUGGAGGAGACAAAGAGGACAAGAAGAAAGAGAAGAAGAAGGAGGGAGCUGAGGAGGAGGAGGAGGAGGCUGAAGGAGACGUGAAGGUGGACAUCGAUGAAGACACAGAGUAUGAGGAAGACGAGGGUCCUGAGGGGGAUGAUGAUGGAGGAGUCCAGCUGAAGAUGGCAGAUCUCGCUCCUCCUAAAGAGAAGGUUGUUCCCAUCCCAGAAGGCAGUGCGUUCUUCUGCCUCAGCAAAACCAACCCAAUUCGAAAGGCGUGCCACGCUCUGAUCCACCACCACAUCUUCACCAACCUCAUCCUCCUCUUCAUCAUCCUCAGCAGUUGCUCAUUGGCUGCCGAGGAUCCAAUCAGAGCGCACUCCUUCAGAAACAACAUUCUGGGUUACGCAGAUUACGCCUUCACCUCCAUCUUCACUGUUGAGAUUCUGCUGAAGAUGACAGUCCAUGGAGCGUUCCUCCACCAGGGCUCCUUCUGCAGAAACUGGUUCAACCUGCUGGACCUGCUGGUGGUCAGCGUCUCUCUGGUCUCCUUCUUUCUGCACUCCAGUGCCAUCUCUGUGGUGAAGAUCCUUCGAGUUCUCAGAGUUCUACGACCUCUGAGAGCCAUCAACAGAGCCAAAGGACUUAAGCACGUCGUCCAAUGUGUGUUUGUGGCCAUCAGAACUAUCGGAAACAUUAUGAUCGUCACAACUUUGCUGCAGUUCAUGUUUGCCUGCAUCGGAGUCCAGCUUUUCAAGGGUAAAUUUUACCGCUGCACAGAUGAGGCCAAGAGCACUCCUGAACAGUGCAAAGGGACCUUCGUGGUCUACAAAGAUGGAGACGUGACUCAUCCGAUGGUCAGAGAGCGGAUCUGGCUGAAUAGUGACUUUAACUUUGAUAACGUGUUAAUGGGGAUGAUGGCGCUCUUCACCGUGUCCACCUUCGAGGGCUGGCCUGCGUUGUUGUACAAAGCUAUAGAUGCAAACGGAGAGAACUCUGGUCCCAUCUACAACUACCGAGUGGAGAUUUCCAUCUUCUUCAUCGUCUACAUCAUCAUCAUUGCCUUCUUCAUGAUGAACAUCUUUGUAGGCUUCGUCAUCAUCACCUUCAGAGAGCAAGGAGAGCAGGAGUACAAGAACUGUGAGCUGGACAAAAACCAGCGUCAGUGUGUGGAGUACGCCCUGAAGGCCCAGCCUCUCAAACUUUACAUCCCAAAGAACCCGGUUCAGUAUAAGUUCUGGUACAUCAUCAACUCUACAGGAUUUGAGUACGUGAUGUUUGUCCUGAUCCUGCUCAACACAGUUACCCUGGCGGUUCAGCACUAUGAGCAGUCCAAAACCUUCAGCGACAUCAUGGACAUCCUCAACAUGGUCUUCACUGGACUUUUCACUGUGGAGAUGCUGCUGAAGCUGCUGGCUCUCAGACUUCGGCACUACUUCGUUGAUGCCUGGAAUUCUUUUGAUGCUCUCAUCGUGGUUGGCAGCGUGGUGGARAUCGUGGUCACUGAGUUCAGUGUGUGCCACAGGUGAGGCUUGGCAGGAGAUCAUGUUAGCCAGUCUUCCAGGUAAACGGUGCGACCCUGAGUCAGACUACGAACCAGGAGAGGAGUUCAGCUGCGGCAGCAACUUUGCCAUUGUUUACUUCAUCAGUUUCUUCAUGUUGUGCGCUUUCCUGAUCAUCAAUCUUUUUGUUGCCGUCAUCAUGGACAACUUCGACUACCUGACACGUGAUUGGUCGAUUCUGGGGCCACAUCACCUGGAUGAGUUCAAAAGGAUCUGGUCCGAGUACGAUCCAGAGGCCAAAGGUCGGAUCAAACAUUUGGAUGUAGUGGCUCUCCUCCGCAGGAUCCAGCCUCCUCUAGGGUUUGGGAAGUUGUGUCCUCACAGAGUCGCCUGUAAGCGGCUGGUGGCCAUGAACAUGCCUCUGAACUCUGACGGGAUGGUGACCUUUAACGCUACGCUCUUCGCCCUGGUUCGCACCGCACUCAAAAUAAAGACAGAAGGUCUGUGAUUGGUCCUCAGUGUGAGAGACGUCUGUGAUUGGUCCUCAGUGUGAGAGACGUCUGUGAUUGGUCCACAGUGUGUGAGACAUCUGUGAUUGGUCCUCAAUGUGAGAGACGUCUGUGAUUGGUCCUCAGUGUGAGAGACGUCUGUGAUUGGUCCUCAGUGUGAGAGACGUCUGUGAUUGGUCCUCAGUGUGAGAGACGUCUGUGAUUGGUCCUCAGUGUGAGAGACGUCUGUGAUUGGUCCUCAGUGUGA